CCGACUACUGCUUCAAACACCUUUUUCGCCGAAGCGUCUUAGCAGACAAUAUAAUAAAAAAAAACACGAAAGGGUUCAUUCCUUUGCUGCUCUGAAUGAAUUAUAUCUAAAUUUAAGAUAAAAUUAAAAGAAAAUGUUUAAAAAUAUUUAAGAAGAAUUAAAAUAUUAAAUCUUCUUCAUCACGUUUUCAACUGUAUGAACUACAGAUGCAAACGUGAUAAGUAACAGUACCCCAAUACUUUUGUCUAAAAUGCUGUCAAUAUUGAGCGGUUAGAUAAUAUUUUGUGAUCCCUAGCUCCUCGAUACUACACCAGUUGCCGCAACCUUCCAGUCAACAUACUACACACUGAUCACCUGCCCUCUGAUCUACUACUCUCUAUGAGUAACAACCCUCCCCACAUUCUGGUACUCCAUUUGGACGUCAUUGCCCACUCCUCAUAAACCCGUAGACAAUUUUUCUUUAUGGCUUAGAUAUAUUUACUUCAUAAAUGGUAAGCCUUUUGAUCAUUUACUUUAUUUUUUCUCUGUAUUCUGGAACGAGACUCUCAACCUCGGAUCUCUAUACAUUCCUGAGAGGUGGUUUUAGUGUGUUCAAAUCGCACACGGUGACUUUUGAUGCUUUCGACCUACUGUAAACACAAAAACAAAAAUAGUAAACGACAUCAAAUAAGUUGUACAACCAAAUCUGAAGUGUAAUACCCGCUUUAUAGAGUCCUGAGAAUAAGUUGAAAAAAAAAACAGUUCAUUAUCAAACUGAUAAGUGGUUGAGUUUUUAUGUAGAAGCUUACAUUGGCAAGAUAACACAGACGCAAUUGCACACAGUUUAAAAGUGUUCUCGCGAAAUUGAAAACAGUCAGUCUUAAUUUAAAAGGCAAUAAGGAGAGUUGUGACAAACAGUGAUAAAAUUAUAAUAGUAAAGGCUUCGACAGUUUGAAAAAAGUUAACAUAUCGAUAAAUGUUACUAUUACAAGCUAUAAUAUUGAAUUUAUUUAUUUGAAAUUUACAGAACUGUAAACACUACCUGUUUUCAAACAUCAAAUAUAUUUGUAAAUUGCAACGACUUGAAUUAAUAUUAAUAAUUAAAUACAGUUGGUCAAAAUGAUGAAAAUACUUGUUGGAUUACUCCUUCUUUCGAUUUCGUCCUAUGCAGAAAACCUAUGCUCAGUUCAUAAAUUUGACGAAUUUUCGACAUUUGCGAAGGGGAUUGACCGAGAUGAACAUUCAUUAUGUUAUGAAAACACUAUACGACAAUUUGGCAUGGAAAUAGAUGCUUCAUAUAUAUACUUAUCUCUUGGAGCAUAUUGUGCGCAAGAUGUGGUUAAUCGUCCUGGUUUUGCUGAUUUCUUUUUUAAGGCUGCUAAGACAGAACGAGAACAUGCUAAGAAAUUAUUUAAAUAUCUAUUUAUAAGUAACCAUUUGAAUAAAAUUUCACCUCUUAUGGGCAAGCUAUAUAAAACUGAUCGGAUCGGAAAUGGAUUUGAUGUCUUUACAAUAGCUCUGGAGUUAGAAGAAAAAAUGACUCAAUCUAUUCGCGAAUUAAUUAAAUCUUGUGAAACAGAUAAUAAAAAGAGUAACAUUGUUGGCUGGUUGACCAACGUUUAUCUUGAAGAGCACUUACAUAGCAUACGAGAUAUAGCUGGAAAAUUGAGCCAACUUGAAAAGAUGGGUUCUGAAUCAUUAAGUGAAUUCUUGUUUGACAAAGAAUUAAACCUUAAGAACAUUAAAUAAAUACGAAUUCUGUUGAAGGCACAUAUAUACAUAUAAAUAUACGAGUAUACACUCUAUAAAUAAGAAACAAUGUCUUUUAG